GUUACACCUGGUCGUUAAGGCAGUCUUGGGUUGAUGAGAGACAUUUAAGCAGAUCUGUCUAUUAUUUUAACAGUUAGCAAUUGAUAUUUAUUCAUAGUGGAUAAUGUUAUUAGAUUGACAUUUUUAUAAUUUUAUCAUGGCGAAUGGUAGUAAAACAAGGACACUAAGUAAAGAAUCCUUAGCUUCUUCCUUCAUUCUUCCUACUCCAGUAACCUACAGGCACAAUUGUAUGUCUGCUGCAGUGAAGAGGUACAGAUACCUUCGGAGGUUCUUAAAAUUUGACCAGAUGGAUUUUGAAUUUGCUUUUUGGCAAAUGAUGUACCUUUUCAUAUCUCCCCAAAAGGUUUACAGAAAUUUUCAAUAUCGAAAACAAAUGAAAUCUCAGUUUGCAAGAGACGACCCUGCAUUUUUCGUUCUCCUCAUAGUUUGGCUAUUCAUUGCGUCUGUUGGUUUUACACUAGUCCUUGGUUUAAGCGUAAUGGCAUUUGUAAGAUUUCUCUUGUAUAUACUUUUUGUAGAUUGUAUUACCGUUGGACUUUGUGUUGCAACAUUUCUGUGGUUUAUAAGCAAUCGCUACAUGCUUAAGCAUUCGAUAGGCCAGGACGUAGAAUGGGGUUAUGCUUUUGAUGUUCAUCUCAAUGCCUUUUUUCCUCCAUUGCUUAUUUUACAUGUGAUACAGCUGUUUUUUUAUGAUGUUUUCAUCAGUCGAGACUGGUUUAUAUCGAGGUUUUUUGGAAAUUCUUUAUGGCUCAUCUCAUUUGCUUAUUACACAUAUAUCACCUUCCUUGGAUACAGCAGUCUCCAAAUACUAGAAAGGACUCAGAUUCUGCUUGCUCCAGUUAUUCCUAUUUGCCUGAUGUUUCUCUUGUCAUUGGCUUUCAGUUGGAAUAUAAACGAAUCCAUAAUGAACUUUUACAUGUAUCGAGUACUCUAAGAUUGAAACACCAUAGAAAAGUUUUCACAUAUCAUUCUACCUAUCUUUUUGUUGGUAACUCGGGAAUGUAUUUUAGUUCAAACAUGGAUGAAACAUUGGAUUUGGAUUUUACAUUACUAAAUUUACAUGGACUGUAUUGUGCAAUUAUUAAAUGAAAACAUUUAAAUUUUAUCCAAACGCUAAAGUAUUAGUAAUUUCAUCAUUAACAUUUACAGUCUUCAGUGUUUUCGAUUUAAAAUACUUUGAUCCAAAAUUUGUUAUCACUUAUUCUGAACACAAUAUUAUAUUUUAAAAUAAUCAAUCGUUACGAGAAAAGGAUUAAUAUUGAUCUAUAUGAGGUUAAUCAAAAUAAAUAUUGAUUACAAUAUUACACAAAUCAAAGCUGUAAUUUGAAUUUGGAGCUAUAUAAAAAACUAUUUUAUAUUAUCUGAUUAAUUGAUUGUUGAGUGACUAUUAUCCUAAUUGGAGUGAGUUCAUACUUUGCAUAAAGAUGCAAUAGGUUUUUGCAUUCAAUUGGUGAAUAUUUAUUGGUUGCAAUGACUAACAAAGGUAUCUAUUGUACAGAAAAAUAUUAUGAUCCUCAACUGAAUGAACUGAUGUAAAUAUUGCAUUGUAUAGUAACUGUUAUAAAUAAUGUAUAUAAUUUUAUUUUUAAAAAGAAUUGUUUAUGGAAAGAUAUUAUAUGUUUCUAAUUUAUAAAUAUAUUGUAUCUAGAAUUACUCAUCGUAACUGAAUAAAUAUGCUUGUAAUUGUAUUUAAAUUCUAUUAUUUAUUCUUAAUAAAAAGUACUACAAUUAUUAA